AUGAACAUCAACAACUAUACGUGCUCCGACAAGGGGCUCGUGUUCCCGGUGAUCAACGAAUACACGUGGCACGUGGGCGUCCGCGCGACCUUCUAUCUCGUCUUCAUGCUGUGGUGCUUCCUCGGCAUCGCCAUCGUCUCCGACAUGUUCAUGUGCGGCAUCGAGCGCAUCACGAGUAAGACGCGCCACAUCACGGUGCCCAGCGCCACGGAGAAGGACAGCGUCGAGGUGAUCGAAGUCAAGGUCUGGAAUGACACCGUGGCCAACCUCAGCCUGCUGGCGUUCGGCACCAGCGCUCCGGAGAUCCUCUUGUCCGUCAUAGAGAUCUGUGGCAAAGGCUUCAAGGCCGGGGACCUCGGGCCGGGCACGAUCGUCGGGUCCGCCGCUUUCAACCUGCUGGUCAUCACUGCUGUAUGCAUUUUCGCCAUACCAAAUGGCGAGGUGAGGAGAAUUAAGAACAUCCAGGUGUACGGUGUGACGUCAUUCUCGAGCAUGUUCGCCUAUAUCUGGAUGUUGAUCAUAUUGAUUGUUAGUAGCCCCGGCGUGAUAGAGAUUUGGGAGGCCUCCGUGACGUUGUGUCUCUUCCCCGUGUUAAUCGUCGUCGCUUUUGCCAUGGAUAAAGGAUGUUUAUCGUGUAGGAAAAACAAGACUUCCACUGAAGUUGAGAUAGGUCUAGGGAUGAAGAAGGAGCCUCUUGCGGAAUUCCGAAACGCAAGUCAAAGGAGAGGUACUGCUGACAUCAUUGACAUUGCCAGGGAGUGUGCCCAGAACAGCGACCUUUCUCUGGACGAUGCAGCCCAGAUCGCGGCCGCGAGGAUUGUUCAGAAUCAGCCACACACAGCUGCGUGGUACCGCGUGAACGCCACCAGAAACAUAACCGGGGGAACGAAGCUCAUACCAACGAUCCAGAAAGACAUCCAUGAUAUGUAUGAUAAUCCGAGGAUGGACGAAGAAGGUGAGCGGUCGAGUUCAGACAUACUUUCACCUGAAGACGCUAACAAGGCGGUUGUCGAGUUCGCUGCGUCGAGCUGCGCAGUUCUUGAAAAUGAAGGUUACGUCCGGUUGGGAAUACGCAGAACGGGAAAUAUGGACAUAUUAGUAAAUGUGUGGGUAGAGACGAUUGAUGGGUCGGCGGAGGCAGAUAGCGAUUACAAGCCAAUCAAGCAGAAGAUCACAUUCCAGCCAAAGGAGAAGGUAAAGGAUCUGUAUGUGGAGAUCAUCGACGACGACAUCUGGGAACCCGACGAGUUCUUCUUCGUCAAACUCAUCCUCGACCCUAACGAAAAAAAUGACAACGUCAUCUUGGGGAAAACCUCAAUUAACCAAGUCACCAUCAUCAACGACGAUGAGCCUGGUAAGUUUGAGUUCUCCAAACCGAGCUAUGUGGUGAAAGAGAGCGCCGACACUGCCCAGCUGUUUGUGAAUCGUGUGAACGGGGCCGAUGGUGAAGUGGGCGUGACGUGGGAAACCAAAGAUAUGACUGCUGUCAGUGGCAAGGAGUAUCGAGGCGGGUCGGAAGUGCUCAUCUUUAAACAUGGAGAGACGAGUAAAACAGUCAACAUCCCGAUGUACGGGAUUCAGCCUGGACAACACGAGCCAAACUUUGAGGUAACACUCACUGAUCCGACAGCUGGAGCAGAAAUCGGAAAAAUACCUCGCUGUAUUGUCACCAUUAUUACUGACGAAGAGUUUAACGCCAUGGUGACGAGACUGGCUAUUCAGACACAACGUAACCUUGAAAGCCUCAGCAUCGAAUCCGGGUCGUGGAGGGAACAGUUCCACAAUGCAAUGAAUGUCAACGGGGGAAAUGCAAAAGGCACAACCGCCAUAGACUACAUCAUGCACUUCACUACCUUCUUCUGGAAGGUGCUGUUUGCUUGCAUCCCACCCCCAUCCAUAGGUGGAGGCUGGCUGACGUUUUUCCUCUCACUCGCAAUGAUUGGCAUUCUUACGGCCAUCAUCAGUGAUGUGGCGUCGAUAUUCGGCUGUCUGGUCGGCCUCAGUGACACCAUCACAGCCAUCACAUUCGUGGCCCUGGGAACCAGCAUGCCGGAUACAUUCGCCAGCAAGCAAGCUGCACUUAUGGAGAAAGUUGCCGACAGUUCCAUAGGAAAUGUAAACGGAAGUAAUUCUGUGAAUGUGUUCCUUGGUCUCGGACUUCCAUGGUUUAUUGCAUCGGUCUUCUGGGCUACUAAGGGCGAGGUAUUUGAGGUCCCUAGGGGCUCCUUGGUGUUCAGUGUCAUCAUAUACACCUGUUGUUCGGUGGUCGCUGUCAUUCUACUCAUGAUACGACGGCGCUUCAAGAUGUUCGGCCAGGCGGAACUGGGCGGGCCACUGGUCACGAAGGUCAUCACGGCACUCAUCUUCUUCUCCAUGUGGAUCUUCUACAUCAUCAUAUCAGCUCUGUAUGCGCAGAAGAUCAUCACAGUCAACAUCUGAGAAACACGGCAGAAAAACAAACCAUGAUAUUUCUAGUUGAAUGCACCACCAUCUCCAUUCUAUAGGCAGAAAGCAAACCGUGAUAUUUCUAGUUGAAUGCACCACCAUCUCCAUUCUAUAGGC